GGGACAAUCUCAAUUUUUGGACCAGCACCUCUACUGAUUUGACAUGCACCAGGAUUUGACUGCCAAUCUUGUUUUCACAAAUCAGCACAGCGCACAUUCCGUCACCAUGGUCCACGGCACACAAAUGGCCCCAACAACUUUUGUUACACACAUGCACUAUCUCCACAGCCAGUUUAUAGCGUGCCAGGAAAUUCUGAUUUUAAUUUUAAAUUCAACUCCAAAAUCCCCUCUGAAAGCCCAAUUUUGUAGUAAAAAGGCAGAAUCUGCAUCUGCGCCAUAUUUCUAAAGCCUUGCGUAGCUCAGCCCAGACUUAUGAAACGGGAUCGCCAAAAACUGCGCAAGAAACAAAGAAAUCUGUGGUUAUGUUCCAAGUUUGCCAAUUGUCUUGCAAAUUAAAGAGUGUAUCUUCAAAAUGACCAAAAAAGAGAAAAUACCAAUUGUAACUUUCCCGUUGUAUAUCCUGUGCAGUGCUGCGUAAUUUGGUGGCUCUCGCAUGCAUCUACUUUUGAUCAUUUUGUGAUAGGCCACACCAGACUUGUGAUUGUGCAUGAUAGAAGAAGGUAACCAGUAGGCCUAUUUUGUUGUCUUUUGUUGUUUGCAGGCAGACGAAGCAUGCAAGUGCAAUGGUUGGAAGAAUCCUAAUCCACCUCCUACACCGACACAACCAGCUAGACUGGAUAUAACAACCCCAUUGGCUAGUAGAUCAGACCCAUGCAAGAGCUGUGGCCAUCAACUUGCUGAACAUGUAUCCCAUCUAGAGGAUGUCGCUGAGGAGGAGAUUGACAGGCUCCUGGGCAUCGUAGUCGAUGUCGAACACCUGUUCAUGUCUGUCCACAAGGAAGAAGAUGCCGAUACAAAGCAGGUCUACUUUCAUUUGUUCAAGCUCCUGAGGAAAUGUAUCCUGCAGAUGAACUCACCAUCGGUAGAAGGUCCUUUAGGUCGACCUCCUUUUGAGAAACCAAGCAUUGCAAAAGGGGUGUCCAAUUUUGUCCACUACAAGUUUGGUCACCUGGUCCACAAGGAUUGGAUGACGAUGUAUGACCUUGCUAAGAUGUUCCUUCACUGUAUGAACCAUUGGAAGCUUGAGACACCCACCGCUAGGAAGCAAAGAGCCCAGCUAGAUGAAGCGGGUGCUUACAAGGUUACCUACACAAGGUGGCUGUGCUACUGUCAUGUGCCAUCAUUCUGUGAUAGCCUACAGCAUCAUGAACCAACGGAUAUCUUUGGUCGAACGCUUCUCAAGACUGUCUUCCCUGCGAUGAGGCGGCAGGUCUUAGAUAUGUUACGUUCUGAGAAGGACAACAUGCCUGCUGAGAAACGUAACCUGGUCCUCACCCACUUUCCAAGAUUCCUGUCAAUGUUAGAAGAAGAAGCAUAUGACAGUAAUUCACCCAUCUGGGACCCAGAGUUUACCCCUGUCCAAGGAGCUGUACCCCUUGCCUCACCGGAGGGCACCACUGAACUUGAAGAUUCUUCUGAUCCCUCUGCCCAAGCACUUGGUCGUAUCACUGUGACAACAACCACUACUUGUGCGCCCUCUAUGUCAGAUGGUCAUACGUCCUUUAACCUCAGUCCAGGGUUGGUUAACGUAAGGAGAGCGGCAAGGUUAAGUGCUCUAGCUGCUACUCAAGCGAAUGAUAAACGUAAAGUAGACGACUUGCCGACUGAGGAAGAAAUCAAGAGACAAAGACUAGAAGAGGAUAUUCCAGAUAAUAUUCUAAGUGAAGUGCUAUCAACGGUUACCGACCCUGCUGCCAUGGUAGGCCCAGAGGGUAACCUAUUUGCAGCCCAUUCUGCCCGUGAUGAGGCCGCCAGGAAUGAGGAGAGGAAAGGGGUAAUAGAAUUCCAUGUUAUCGGGAAUUCAGUCACACGCAAACCAUCAAGACAAACGCUUAUUUGGUUGGUGGGUCUCCAGAAUGUUUUCUCACAUCAGCUGCCGCGGAUGCCGAAGGAAUACAUCACCCGACUGGUGUUUGAUACAAAACACAAAACGCUAGCACUUGUGAAGGAGAACAGAGUGAUAGGUGGAGUUUGUUUCAGAAUGUUUCCAACUCAAGGAUUCACAGAAAUUGUCUUCUGUGCAGUCACUUCUAAUGAACAAGUCAAGGGCUAUGGCACACAUCUAAUGAAUCAUCUCAAAGAUUACCAUGUCAAACAUGGCGUCCUUCAUUUCCUCACAUUCGCUGAUGAAUUUGCAAUAGGAUACUUCAAGAAACAGGGUUUCUCAAAAGACAUCAAGAUACCCAAGUCUAGUUACGCUGGUUACAUCAAGGACUAUGAGGGCGCCACACUCAUGGGAUGUCAGCUCAACCCACGUAUACCUCACACUGAGUUCUCUCUCAUUAUACACAGACAGAAAAAGAUUGUGAAGAAGUUAAUAGAGAUGAAACAGCAAGAAGAGAGGAAGGUGUACCCUGGAUUGACGUGCUUCAAAGAAGGUGUUAGACAGAUUCCUAUGGAGAGCAUCCCAGGAUUAGUUGAAGCAGGAUGGAGGCCGGUCCGAGAGAAACCAAAGGUCACUCCACUGACCGAAGAACAGGUCCAGUCAGCAUUCAAGACAGUCUUGACCGCUGUUAAGAAUCACAACAGUGCAUGGCCUUUCUUGAAACCUGUUGAGAAGAAUGAAGCUCCUGAUUACUAUGAACAUAUCAAGUAUCCUAUGGAUUUGAAGACAAUGACCGAGCGGUUCAAGGGCAAGUAUUACAGCUCACGAAAGCUCUUCAUCGCCGACAUGCAACGGAUCUUCAGCAACUGUAGAGCGUACAAUGCUGCGGAUACGGAAUACGUCCGCUGUGCAAAUACACUGGAACGUUUCUUUCUCAAUAAGAUCAAAGAACUUGGUAUCGUAGACAAAUGAAGGGGAUUACAUCUAGGAUGCGGAGAGGUACAGUAUAUAGCGGUUUCAGUGGAAAUGCUUAUUGACCCUGAAAGUGCCGACUGAUCCUGAAUAAAUCUGUAUCUCUACUGGAAACCAGAAAUGUCUGUUUCCCUUCUAGAAGAACAGCCUGUUCAGUCUUCACGAUGAAUGACAGUACCAGCUACAUGUUGUUGACCUUUCCACAGGUGAUACAUGUCUUGGUACGCAUCUUGCCUGGACGUAAGCAAGCCCUCAAUGGUUCGCUAUGAUACACAGGUGCAGUGAGGAUGUAUACCAACUAAGUGGGUCAAGUCAGAAACUUUAAUAUGUACAUGUACACAUGUAGUACUGGCUUAGUUCAACAGGAGUCAACAGGAGUCUCUGCCCCAUAUUUUUUUUUUACAUCUUGACACAAAGGACUUUGAUGGCGGUAUGGGUUUCGAUUUGAAUUCUUAGUUUAUGCCAGAGCUUCAUGAACAUCUGGGAACAAUGUUGGAUAUUUUUUGUGCGCAUAUCUGCCAGUCAUUGUGUCCAUGGCAUUCUGGUAUUACAUCGGCUUCGGUGGGCUGCCUUUUAAAGUGCUCACAGCAGUGAAGGAGUUCCUUCCUGCUGGUACUAUUUCUUUGAAAGAAUUGUCAGAAGGCUGAAAAGCACUGUAGAAAAUGAAGAAUUAUGAUAUCAAUGGACUUCCUCAAAUUCAAGAACAACAUGGGUGCACCCUUUCAGAUAGACAAUUUGUGAGACACUUUAACAGAAAAAUAGGGCCAUUUCUUUCAUCAGGAAUUCUGCAAAUACCUUUGCAAUGUUAAUCCUAAAUCCUCCCACUUAUGCAUACUUAGACAACAUUGGCGAAAGCAGGAAAGCCAUUCUGCCCAACUUUGGAAAAAGGAAGCAAGUGACGCAUCAGUCAAAUUUGAGCUAUUGUUGUUUCUGAAACACCCUUUGUACGUUGCACGUUCAGGCAAAAUUUGGGGAAGAAACGAUCGUUCUAUGGAAAGAUAUUGAAGAAUAUAUGUUGUUAACUUUCAGUGACGCCUAUGUAAAUGACACACAUUGCUCAUUUACAACAAAUGAUACUUUUGUUACUUGAUUCCUUUUGCCAAAGUACGGCAGCGAAGUAAAAGAUGCUUCACAGGAUCUCUGCCCAAUACUUUAUGAGGGAGACUUGUAGGAUGCGGUCAAAGUUCUGAAGGGUUUUUCACAAAGAGUUGACUUAAAAUCAUGCUUAAAUGCAGAUGCUUACAUGUUACAUGCAAUCUAAUUUAUUGAUACACAAUAGCGUGCAUCUUUUUUUAGCAUGAUUUAACCAAUGGGGUGAUGUAUUUAGUUGAUCAAACAACUGGGAAUAUAUUAAGUGGGAGUGGGUCAUAAAUGGGUGAUUUUUCAUUUUGCUUAGGGAAUAGUUUUUAUGUGUUCAUUUUACCCAAUUGCAACAUGAAAUUACAAUACUUUUGGUCUUGGGUCUGAGGAAAAGAAAAAUCCAAGAUGGCCGCCAUUCUCCGAAAAAAUCACAUUGUUUACCAUAACUUUCUCGUAUGGGGGAAUUUUUCACAUGAUUUGGGUGACUUUACCUAUGUUUUCUUGUGUAUGCUAUUGCUAUCUGUGAUAUUUUUUUAUCCUAAUAGCAUAUUAGUGAUUGCAGACAUGGCACAUUCAUAGGGUGCGGCUAAAGCUAAUAUCUAUUCGCAAAAAAAAGACAAGACUGUGAGAAGUUCUGUUAAAUGAAGGUUACAUCAUCAAAGAUCUACAUCUAGUGUGUUUAUAUUUGAAAACCCAAAUUUGUGAUUUUGAAAGUUAUGUUGAAAAGAUCACACCAUAGGUGGUCAGCGCAGAUAUGCAGAUGCAGCAAUGAGUGUUAUUAAUACCUAGCACUCAACAGGACUGCCAUGCUUAUCUUGCUCAUUUCUCAGCAAUUACACAUUCUGAAUCAGAAUAAUUUAAGCCCCUUUCACAAUUGUUGGUGCGACUGCUUACAAGCGUUGCAAUUGUGUACAACAUAUAUUGUGACCAAAAGAUUGCAAACGAUCGCAAGAGCGAUUGUGAAAGCCCCUUUAGCCAACAUAUCAUGGUGGACCAACAAGGAUUUGAAUAUGUAAAAUUGAGAAAAAAAAAUAUUCGCACAUUGAUGUAUUUGAGAUUUGAAUAAAGAAUAUUUUGCUUGGAAUAAACAUUGCCAAAUUUAUUCAUUUUAUAAUUUCUAUAGUAUUUCUAAAAGUAUUUUAUUGAAGAUGAUCUGUAUGAGCUAAAAAGUGCCUUAAAGUUGUUAAAUCAUAUGAUGCACAUUUUUUUCCCCAAUACAUUGAAGAAGACAUAAUAGGAAGACAUGUGACCUGAAUGCUUUUAAUUUGAUGCUUUUUGUCGUAUCAUUAUCGUACCACUUGGAGCUCCUUAAUUUAUCUGUAUAUUCUCUGUGAAUGAUGGAUUUUUCAGUUAGCAGAUCUGAUACACCGAAAAGAGUGGUGCUAAAACUACACUGCUGGUUUUAUGAGUGUAUUAGUGGACCAUACAAAGCAUUUUACACCAGUGUUAUAUCCAUGGUGUUACACAACAUGUAUUUGGUGUUAUUCUCAAAUGCCAUAGUGUAUUUUCAACACCUUGUGGUUUGGCCCCCUCAGAACACCAACUGGUCAGUGGUGGUGUUGUGUCUAACACAAAAGUUUUACAGUGUAGAUCAUCAUUUUAGUUUCUCCACACUUUGAUAUUCCUUCUACAACUCUAGCUAAACUAAGUCAUUAUAUUGCAGGCUCAUGUAACAUUGAAUGUUUGGAAAUUGUAUACUAUGUAUAAUGUAAUCGCUAGAGGGUAUUCAUUUGUCUCGCAAUCUACUAUGGUCAACAAGGAAAUUGGUGAUCACUCUCGCAAAAAGUGUUCACUAGCUUUCUAGGAAAUUCGUGAUCACUCUCGCAAAAAGUGUUCACUAGCUUACAAGUUCACGAGCUUUCGAGUGCCGCUGCAACUCUUUUUGCGAGAGUGAUCACGAAUUUCCUUGUUGAACAUAGUAGAUUGCGAGACAAAUGAAUACCCUCUAGCGAUUAUUUCAGUCCGCAAUAAUGAACCUAUUUAGUAUGUAUAAUGUAUACUAUGUAUAUAUUGUCAGAAACACAUUUCACGUGAGUGUAAUGGGUUAGGAGAUCAAAUAAAUUAUUGCUUUUGUAGAAAAUGA